AUGAAACAGCCCUGGGACUUGGACAAAAAAACAUGCUCUAUAAUCACUGCAAAACUGAUAGCUAUCUGUACAUUCUGGACCCUAAACAUUACAAAAACCGCUUCAAGUGUAGAUGGACAAGGCGACGCGCCCAGCCAAUGUGAUCAAUCAACUGUCUUGCGAGUUGGAGCUUAUCGCGUACUAGCAAGGGCGGUGACAUACAGUCUAUACCGAAACAACAACAUCGAAGACGGAUUAGGAAGCUCAGUAACUCACGACUAUGGCACCACCCACCACAGCCGCACUGUCUAUCGUGACUCAAAAGCUAGCCAUCAAGCCUGCGCACAAUUGGGAGACUUGAAGAACCGAAAAAAGAUUCAGCACAAUCUAGCUUCUCUACAACGCUCUCCCCUAAAAAAAAAGUUCAAAUCUUACACCAUGAUAACAGGAACGGAGAACAAGGAAGAAGAAAUGACUCCAGACACCACUCCAGAUAAAAUCUACGACUUCAUCCUCGUAGGCGCAGGCUCCUCGUCCUGUCUCCUCGCCUCCCGCCUCUCCACCAACCUCCCCACACACACCAUCCUCGUGCUCGAAGCCGGCCAGCACAUCCAAAACGACCCAAAAGUGCAGACCCCAGGGCUAUCAUCUACACUCCAGUCUGACCCAACGUACGACUGGCAGUACGUCAGCGAGCCGGAACCAGGACUCAACGGCAGGACCGUCAAGCAUCCACGUGGGAAGCUGGUGGGCGGGACCAGCGCGAUCAACAGCCACAGCAUUGUUUUCCCCAACGAGGAAUGGCAGGAUCGCAUCGCUACGCAUCUUUUGGGGGAUGGGGAUGGGGUGGAGGAGUGGAGUGCUGAGGGGAUGAGGGGGUGUUAUGCGCGGUGGGAAAGGAGGGGUGGGGAAAGCUGUACUGAGGAUGAUGAUGGGGUAGAGGAUCGUGUCAGGACUUCUUAUCCGAGGGAGCUGGAUUUCCUGCAGGAGCAGUGGGGGAAGGUUUUUGAGGAGUUGGGGUGUGAGGCGACGAGAUCCGGGUUUGCCGAGAGCGUUGUCGGCGCUGUGACGGUGUCGAAUGCGGUUGAUGCUGAAAAGGGGGAGAGGAGCCAUGCUGGGACCGCGUUUCUAGAGCCCGCGUUGCAAAGGGGGAAUGUGACGUUGAAGACGGGCGUUAAAGUCGAUCGCAUCGUCUUCGACGAGGAUGUGGACACCAACGGCAAACUCCAUGCCACCGGCGUGCGGUAUACCCUCGACGACAAACACCACAUCCUCCGAGGCCGCGAAAUCAUCCUCUGCGCAGGCGUCUUCGAGUCCCCCGCCAUCCUAGAACGAUCGGGUAUAGGCUCCAAAAAGAUCCUCGAAGCCGCAAACAUCCCCAUCUUAUACGACCUCGCAGGUGUAGGCGAGAACCUGCAAGACCACCUCAACUGCAGCUUAUCCCACGAAACGCUCGACUCAAUCCAAACCCGCGAUUCCAUCCUCAUCGACCCGUCCUCAAAAGCCGCAGCACUAUCCCAAUACCAGCAAACCCGCCGCGGCGUCCUCGCAGAAGGCCCAGCCUACAGCUUCGCCUUCACCCCCUUCCACCACCUCUCCCCUUCACCCUCCACCCCAUCCCCCUCCUCCCUCCUCGCAGAAACCUCACCCGCCUUCACAAACCCCACCCUCGCCGCCCAACUCCCCGUCCUAACCCCACCCCUCACCUCCCCAACAGAAGCAACAGCAACAUCCUUCCUCCUCCGCUGCCAACGCAACCGCGACCUCGACUCUCUCCCGCCCCACACGUCCCCAUUCGUGCCAGGCUCCUACAUCACCAUCGCAGCAAUGCUCGCGCACCCCUUCUCCCGCGGCUCAUCACACAUCUCCACCGCCUCCCCCCACCACCCUCCUACCAUAAAUUUCAACUACCUCUCCCACCCCCUCGACACCCACCUCCUCGCCUCCCACAUCCUACAAAUCGACCGCCUCUUCCGCACCCCUGCCCUCUCAUCUAUCCUUAAACCGGGUGGGAGGCGCUUACCGAGGAGUUGGCCGUAUACGGUCGACACGCUGGAUGAUGCGAAGGGGAUAUUAGGCGUGAACGCCGCGUCGAAUUACCAUCCUUGUGGGACUUGUGCGAUGAUGAGGGAAGGGGAUGGCGGGGUUGUGGAUCAUAGGUUGGUUGUGUAUGGGACGCGGAAUGUGAGGGUUUGCGAUGGGAGCGUUUUGCCGGUUCUUCCUAGGGGCAAUGUUUUGUGCGCUGUUUAUGCUUGGGCGGAGAAGGGGGCGGAGAUUUUGGUCAGGGAGGGGAGGGGUGGGAGGGGGGUGUGAUUUGCUUGUUGUUUUUUUU